CUCACUGAAGUCAACCUUUGACUCUUCAAAGCCAUGGCGCGCAAAGCAACGGCACCCUAGUCUCCGGUGGCUCUUGCCAUUUCCAUCAACACCGAACCAAACCUUCUCAGUUUCUCUCUUCCCCGGUCCCUCCUCAAGCUUCAUAGCCAAUUCUCGCCGUUAAAUGACGUCAGCAAAUCUCUCUUCGCCGGUGGCUUCUGCCGUACAAUCCAUCCACCGUUUAUUGACUGAUCUCUGCGACCACGAACACCAUUACUCAUUCGAAAAUCCACGACGGUUCUCGGGGUUGGCUCGGCGGCUUCAUCUUGUCGUCAACCAGCUACUCCUGUCUGUUCAAUCACCGUCGCUGGAGACCUUACCGUCGUCGGUGCAGACCGCCCUGAAGGGAGUGUCCGGCGAUCUAUCCAAGGCUGCAGAAGUUGUUUCCGUCUAUGAGAAAAGCAGCAAGAUAUUUGUAUUGAUCAACUGCAAGUCCCUCUGCUCGUCCCUUCUGGAGCACACCUUCUCCAUUGGAGGAUGGCUCGCCUUGCUUGAUGAGGCUCUUCAAGACCAUCCCGACCUCCAAAAGAAAGCUUCUGAUCUCUCCAGAGACAUGAAGCUUGCUCAGUUCAGAGUAAUUAGCCCUUUUCUCUUUAUUCCGAAGAAAUCGAACGAAGAGAGAGUACAAUGUACGCUGGAAAAAGAAGGGACAGGAAGACCAACAACCAAGGCGGUGCAGAGUGCUAUAGUAAUGGAUUUGGCUCGCUCUUUGGGGAUUGACCCAGGUGAUCAUAUUGAGUUGUCUAACGAAAUAAAGCUGUUCAAGAAUGACCUAUUGCGCUCAAAUUCUGUAACGGAGCGGCGGAUUUUAACUUCCCUUGAAAGGAUUUUGAAUAACUGGUCUAUUGAACCUGACAUUGAGACUCGAAAAUUGGACUUUGACCUUGAAGAUGAUGCAGCGAUUUUUCCCUUUAAAAAUUUUCUUUGCCCAUUGACCAAGGAAGUGAUGAAGAACCCCGUGGUUGUGGAAACGUCCCAGACCUAUGAACGGACUGCUAUAGAGUACUGGUUCGAGAGGUGUAUUGAGGAUGCUCGUGAUCCAACUUGUCCUGUCACUGGAAACGUUCUCAAAUCCUUGGAACUGAAACCCAAUAUUGGACUGGCAGGGGCAAUAGAAGAGUGGGUUAACAGGGUUGUGGAGUAUCAAGUAAAAUCCGCUGCUGAGCACUUGACAGAGGAGCCACUUUGUAUUGAUCACGUUGAGCGAGCUUUGGAUAACAUUUAUAAGGUUUCAGAAGAGCAUCCUGCUAGCAGAUAUGUAAUCAGGAAUGCUGGAAUUGUGCAACUGAUAGUGAAGCUGCUUACUAAUAGCUCAAAGAUUAUUGGAUCACGGUUGAGAAGUAAAGCUCUGAUGGCUUUAGUUACUUUGGCUAAAGAUGAAGAAAGCAAGAAAAUAAUGCUUGAAGGGAGUGUCACAAGGUUGGCAGUACAUAGUCUUAUUGGUAGCACAGAGAAAGAGAGAGAGUAUGCUGUGAAGUUAUUACUGGAGUUCACCAGUGAUGAAGCUUGUUGCAUAAUGGUUGCAUCAGAGAAAGGGGCAUUAGUUCUCCUCACAAGUAUGGCAGGAAAUUUAGAGUCUCCUGCUUUGUCCAAGUUAGCUGAGGAAGUCUUAAGGCAGUUGGAGAGGGUGGAGGAUAAUGUGCAGCGGUUAGCAGCAGCGGGAAGAUUUGAACCUUUACUUUCACGGCUGCAUGGUGGACCUGAUACUGUAAGGAUAGAGAUGGCAUCUCUGCUUGGAAGGAUGACCUUGACAAACAGCAAUAAAGAGCAAAUUGCCAGGCAAAGUGCUGGAGUACUUGUUGACCUGUUGUCGAAGUCAGAGGGAAGAGAACCAAGUCUGCAAGCAUUAUAUAACUUGUCAGGAUUGGAUGACAAUGCAACCAUCCUUGUUGAGCCUCCAGUCUUUCCAUCUCUUAUUGGUGUUCUUUUUGAUGACCAGGAGCCUUCAGAUGAAAUUAAAACAUUAGCUGCUUCAACAAUUGCAAAUAUAGUAUCAAAGCCGGGGCGUUGGGAAUUAGCAUCAGCUGACACAAAGGGGAAUUCAAUGCAGUCAGAAAACAUUGUUUUCAGACUUUUGCAACUUUUAGACUCAGUGUCUUCUCAAUGUCAAGUAUAUGUUCUUCGCAUUCUCUAUGGAAUAACAUCAUCCCCGCAGGCGUCAGAGUCAGUAGCUUUGCAUAUAAAAUCUGGGGAUGGCUUUAAAACGGUCGCAAACUUUCUUGAACACCCAGAAGUCGAACUCAGAAUAUAUGCUCUGAAGCUUUUGAGGCUACUAUCUGAACUGUUCAGUCAAGGUCUAGGAAAUGAGCUGAGACUUUCUAACAAGCUCACCAUACUCAAAGAAAAAAUGUUAGAUGACCAAUCUGCAGAGGACGAGAGAGCAACAGCAGCAUGUAUACUUGCCAACCUUUCCUUAACAGAAGAUGAAUUAAAAUCACUUUUAGGAGGUGAUUUCAUUAGAUGGAUCGUCGCUACUCUUCAGAAUCAGAGGCGCGGCUCCAAUGCAAGGGUUUCACGGACUGCGCUAGGCAUGCUGGAAGGUCUUCUUGGUCUCUUACUUCAGUUCACUAGGAGCCUUAAUGAGCAAACUCUUACUGUUGUCAGAGAAAAUCAUCUCAUGACCAUUUUCUGUCAACAGCUGGAAUAUAAUUCCAAACCAAAGGUCAAAAGACUUGCAGCCCUUGGAUUAAAAAGCUUAUCAGAAUUUGGAAGGGCAGUUAUUUCAAGGGACUCUGAACCCUCACCUUCUAGUGGGUUUUGCUCUCCCUUCUUGUUCAUUUGUGGAAGGACAUCUAAUCAAAACUUUUCAUGUCCAUUUCACAACAGUCCCUGUGAGGAAGAAAGUCAAUUGUGCCUGUUUAAGACCAGCUGUAUAAAGCCUCUAAAUGAUCUCUUCAGUGAUAAUGAUACUAGUGUCCAAGUUGCUGCGGUGGAGGCACUUUCAACACUGAUAUUGGACUAUUCGUCAAAUAGCUUUAAGAGAGCAGUUGAUGAGCUUGAGCAAUUGGGUGUGGUUGAUUCUGUGAUCAAACUUUUCACAGAGGCUAGCUCAGGGGAACUUCAGGAGAAGACCAUUUGGAUCAUAGAGAAAAUACUGAGAGUGGAAAAUCACAUACCUAAGCACUCACUUAAUCAGUCUCUUGUGAGGGGCUUGGUUGAAGCCUUUAAGCAUGGGAAUCCCAACGCCAAGUUGCUUGCUCAAGAUGCUUUAACCUACCUAAAGCAAAUAUCAGUUCUAAGUGAGAGGACAUCAAGUCAACCUCGAGCUCGGAGGUAAUGGAAGGAUUUGAAAAAUGAGAUGUAUUAUUCAUGAUUUGUAACUUGUAAGUAACGUAUUCUUUUAUAAUUAUUUUAUUUUAUAUUAA